GGCGGCGGCUGGGCGGGCGCGCGCGGGGCUGCGCGGGGCUCCCGGCGCCGGGGGGCCAUGCGCCGGGCCGCGCCGGCAGCCCGGGGACCCGGCGCAACUUGCCGGGCAGCCUGAGGAGUUGGGGCAGCCGCGGGCUCGGCGCCGCGGCGCCCGGAAGCCUUUCUUCCCCCUCGCCAGCCCCCUUCCCUUUCGGCCGUGGGGGAGGGGGCUCGUGUCCCCCCCACCGAGCCCGGAGGCCGCGUCCGCCCGCGCCCGCUCUGGCUCCCGCGAAGCCGCGCAACUUCCCGGGAGCCCGGGCCAAAGUGAGCGCAAAGUGCUGCCCAAGUUGCCGGGAUGGAGCUGCAGAGCCGGCCCGAGGCGCUCGCCGUGGAACUCGCGCGCCACCAGAACGGCGACCUCAAGAAGCAGCUCCACGAAAGGCAGCCGCGGAUCGCCGCGCUCAGCGACAAACAAGCUUUGGGAACGAUCACUGCAGUGCCUGUCACGGGUCCUCAGGUCAGCUCCUUGCAGAGGUUGGCCGGGCAAGGAGCGGCAGUGCUACCUCAGGUUAGGCCAAAGACUCUGAUUCCAGACAGCCUCCCCGUUGCCCCAGGCCGGGACCGGCCACCCAAGCAGCCCCCAACAUUCCAGAAGGCCACUGUGGUCAGCGUCAAGAACCCCAGCCCAGCCCUCCCCACCGCCAACAACACUGUCAGCCAUGUGCCAGUGCCCGGCAACCAGCCCCAGGCCCUUGCCGAGCCCGCCGCCCUUGCCUCUCCGCUGAGCAGUGCCGGGGUGGCCUACGCCAUCAUCUCCACCUCCCCCAGCAAUGCCGCCGCCAUGGCCCCCAGCACCGCCGUGUCUGUGGUCAGCGACAGCAUCAAAGUCCAGCCCCUCCUCAUCAGUGCUGACAACAAGGUCAUCAUCAUUCAGCCUCAAGUGCAGACGCAGCCCGAGAGCACGGCAGAGUCGCGGCCGCCCACAGAGGAGCCAUCUCAGGGAGCUCAGGCCACCAAAAAGAAGAAGGAAGACCGGCCCCCGACCCAGGAGAACCCCGAGAAAAUCGCCUUCAUGGUAGCACUAGGCCUGGUUACCACGGAACACUUGGAAGAAAUCCAGAGCAAGCGACAGGAGCGGAAGAGAAGAAGCACAGCCAACCCUGCCUACAGCGGCCUCCUGGAGACCGAGAGGAAACGGCUGGCCUCCAACUAUCUCAACAACCCCCUGUUCCUCACUGCGAGAGCCAAUGAGGACCCCUGCUGGAAGAACGAGAUCACCCAUGAUGAGCACUGCGCUGCCUGCAAGCGAGGGGCCAACCUGCAGCCCUGCGGCACCUGCCCGGGGGCCUACCACCUCAGCUGCCUGGACCCGCCCCUCAAGACGGCGCCCAAGGGCGUGUGGGUGUGCCCCAGGUGCCAGCAGAAGGCCUUAAAGAAAGACGAGGGUGUGCCCUGGACUGGGAUGUUGGCCAUCGUGCACUCUUAUGUCACCCACAAGACAGUCAAAGAAGAGGAGAAGCAGAAGCUGCUGCAACGAGGCAGUGAGCUGCAGAACGAGCACCAGCAGCUGGAGGAGCGGGACCGGAGGCUGGCGUCAGCAGUGCAGAAAUGCCUGGAGUUGAAGACAAGCCUGCUGGCCCGCCAGAGGGGCACCCAGUCAUCCCUGGACCGCCUGCGGGCCCUCCUGAGACUGAUACAGGGCGAGCAGCUGCUCCAGGUCACCAUGGCGACCACUAGCCCCGCCCCACUGCUGGCCGGGCCCUGGACCAAGCCCUCAGUGGCAGCCACACACCCCACCCUCCAGCACCCCCAGGGCCACAACUGACCCCGAGGGACCAGUCUUCACACCCACGGAAAGUUAUUGGGACCCUGCUUACCCAGCCUGGGGGUUCUGUCGGCCUUAAUUCAUAAACACUAUGAAUUUCCGACAAAAAUUAACCAGACAGAGGAGAGGAGGGAGAAAGAUCUGGGGGAGAGGCCUAGAGCCAAGAUCAGGUGGGGGUGCAGCCCUGUGCCCUCCACACUCACAGGAGGUACCUAGGAGCCAGGUGGGAGUACAACAGGCUGUGGCACACAGCCCCACCCCCGGCCACCUCAGGGCUGCCUGGGCCUCCGGCUUCCAGGCCCUGCUCUCCACGGCCUCCCUCUGGCCCACUGGAGGGGCAGGCUGAGGCUGUGGAGGGGACAAGCGCACCGCCCAGCAUGCAGUCCCCGCUGAGGGCACCGCCUCUUGGUGUCCUGUGGGAGAGGAGCUGAGAACACAUGGACUAGCUGAGUGGUAGAGGUAGUUGGGACGAGAAGCGGGGUAGCGGAUCUAGGUGUUCCAUGCCCCACAUUCCUUAGGAGGUCCACCUGGGGUGGAUGGGCGGGCGGUCCUGGGACCCCCGUCGUCUUUGCAGACUCGCCCGGGCCCCUUUCUUCAGUAUAUUAGGGUUACGGAAUUGCAGGCUGUUUAACCUUGAAAGACAUUGUCAGAGCGCUGAGCGGCCCCCUGGUGGCGCGUGCCUGUCUGGGGCCGGGACGCUGCAGUGAUCCCCGCCAGGGCCUCCUGCCCUGUCCUGCUCCGUCUUCGGGCCCUGAGGCUGCCUCCUUCCUUUUUGCCAAUCUGCUUGGACUCAGUUGCCGCUGAGAUUUUUUCAUGGAGUUUCUGGGCAGGGUGGAUCUGCAACCCUGUUGGGGAGGGCAUUUGGCAGGUUUUCUCUUUGGGGUUGAAUCAUUCAACUUAAUGACUGAAGCCUUUUCUUGUCUUAUUUGGAAGAGCCGAUAAGUAUUCCACUCCUCCCUUCUUGCCAGUGCAGACACUAUGCCAAAAAAUAACUUCACACUUUUGUAUGGCGUUUUUAUCGUGAGACAUUUAAUGUGAACGGUGGGGGGACUCUGGCUGGCUUCCUUUUCUGCUUCUAGUAGUCUCUGCUUCAAGGUACAAAUGGGAACACCUCCCCUCGGAAAGCCCGGCCAAGCUGGAAGAUCCAGCGGGUUUUUUAAGAGCCGGGUGGAGGAUUGGGGAGGAAAGAAAGGGCGGUGGCCUCAGGAGGUUCCGACCUUCGGGGACCAGACUUGCUGCCAAGGGCUUCUGCAUCCAGGGUGGGCAGUGCCAGCCUGUCACCCUCGCCCGAUUCCCACGUCCCGAUCCUGAGGGACUUAGCACAACAGGACAAGCGUCCAGGAGCCACGGGCUCCCACCCCGAGCAUAUCACAUGGUGCCGAAUUGCACUGAACACGCGUGUGUGCGUCGCACGCGGCCACGACCACAGACACGCACGCACACACGCAGAGGUGCAGAGCGAGGAGGCCGGCAAAUCCCACAGCUGCCACGGUCCCUCCUGUCAUUCUCACGACUCCGGGAGAAACUGUGCCGUAUGAUACAGAUCUAUUUUAAUACACAUAACACUGGGUGAACAAGAUUUUUAUAUUCUUUUAUUGAUGAACAAAGCGAACCGUGUGAGGCACACGUCUUCUAUAUUGGCUACUCUGUGCCAAGUAUGCAUUACCGCGUGGCUUGCGAUGUCCAUGUCUUCAGCUUCCUUUUCUGUUGGUUUGGUUUUCUUCGCGGAUGGAUUGAGUUAAAUGUUUUAACAAUGUCAUGGGAGGAUAUGAAAGGUUGGACCCGGGAGGGGUAGCUGCCAAUGUGUCUUGAGAUUGUUAGUUUUUUUUUUUGGACCGAGGAGGACCGUCCAGUGGGUAGUGAGGAUAGAGAAAAAGUGCUUGUCUUAAAUACGCCAAUGUAGUUUUCCUUCUUUACAAUGCAUUAAAGUCGAUCGCUGAUUUCAAAGCCCUGUGGUUUUGGUGUCCUUGCCUUGCGGAGAGGCCCCUGGGAGUGCCCGGGGCAGCCAGGUGGGCAUUGGAGAGGCUGGAAAUCAGGGUCCUCUCCCACCCCAAAGAGGGAGGGAUGGAGGGGGGAAAGAGGAGAGAGCUCGGUGCCCUCCACUCGCUCACCCUCUUGCCCAGCCCUCAGAGGCGGCGGGUGACCGUUUAGGGCUAGGAUUGAGGGUGGAAAGCCUCGGAAACGCAGCAGGCCUGUCACUGUGCGGAGCCCAAGGUGGUGCCCUCUGCUCCCUCAUGGGUUCCUGCCUCUCGGCCUGGCAGCAUCGCCGCUGUCUCUCUCCCCCAGCAGUGGAUACACGCGCUCCUGCAGCCACGCUGAGCUUACACCUUGCCCUACGGGACGUGGGGAAUCAGGAAACCGGGGAAUCAGCCCCCCUGAGUCCUAGCUCCUGGCAUUGCACAGGGCGGGGCUCUGAUUGAACCAGUGGGUCAGGGCUGACCCCUGGGCAGUCAGCUGUGGCCAGAGGCUGUUGUCUGAUGCCAAAGUGGGGUCCAGUGAUCCAGGGGACAGAGAGGUGGAGGGCGUGUGGGGCUGCCACAUGGUCCCACUUCAUGGCUUACCCUGGGGAGAAUAGUUUGCGGGGAGGGGAGCAGGUUUCAAGUUAACUCUGCCUGAGUCCUCCUGGGGGCCGCUCAAAAGACCACACUCAGCGUCCAAGGCCUCUUGGAUCCUUUUCAAUCCGGCUCCCCACCCCUUUGCUCCUCUGGAACACCAGGUCGGUAGUGACCUCCCAUGGCCAGAUCCACGGGGUGCUCCCGGUCAUCACCCAGACCUCUCGGAACCUGGGGACACAUUGGCCACACCCCCUGCCAAAGGAGGCUCCCGGGACCUCACUCCCGCUGGUGUGGCUGCUCCCUGGUCUCUGCUCCAGACUUGCUCCUCUUCUACCUAAUCACCGAAGGCCCAGGCCCAGGUCUGUGCUCUGAUCUCCCACAGCCGGCCUCACCUGCCCCUGGCUUCUGUCUGUACCCCCAGGCUCCCUGCACAGCUGCGGCUGUCUCAAGCUCCACAGUCUCCACCAGGCCAGUCCCUCCACCUCCCCAUCUCAGAGGAGCUUCAGGCUGCUGGGGCCGGCACCCUGGGAGUCACCCUUGGCUCUUCUCUCCCACCCUGCAUACCUGGUCCUUGGCAAAUCCAUCAGCUCCGCCCUCAGGACGUAAGCAGGAUGGGACAAGUCUCACCGCCCACCCCAACAUCACCUUGGUCCCAGCCCCAUGAUCUCCCCUGGGUUCCUGCAGCCGCCGCCCACCUGCUCUCUCCCCCUGACCCGCUGCAGUCUCUUCUCAAGCCAGCAACUAGUGUGAUGGCGACACUGUUAAAACCGUGUCAUCCGGGCGCCUGUAAUCCCAGCUACUCGGGAGGCUGAGGCAGGAGAAUUGUUUGAAACUGGAAGGCGGAGGUUGCA